UUUCGUUCGCAAUCGUUCGAACGGACAGUCGCGGAAAGUGUUUUCGUCUUCACUCACCGAAGCCGUUCAAGAAACGCGUGUGUUCUGUGUGGCGCAAAAAGCAUCGAAAGAAGAAGACUUAAUUUUUAUGCUAGUGCGAUUUUUUUUUUAUAUUUGCGCGGUGUAUUGAUCUUCGAUGGGAGAAAUUUGCUAAUUACCGGUGAUUUUGUGCAAAAAUAGUGAAUCGAAUAGGGUGUUAUUCAACUGACUUCCUUGGGCAUCGUUGUCAACGUAGCAGAUUUCGGAACGAGGUCCAUCCCACAUCUCACAUCCAAGACGACGACGACGACGACGAAGACGACCUGAUUGGCGCUUCUAGGGUCUUCGAUGAGCGCGCCAAUCCAGUCAUAGAGCAGUGCGAGCCCAGUUUCAAUCAAAGUACAAUAAGUUAUCUAAGUAAGGUAGAUUAGAAAAUGGUAUUGAAGCAACGAACGGCGGCCCUGGAGCUGCACUCGCCGACGGAAGAUGUGCUGGUCAGUCCGGGUAGCGAGAGUUUACCAUCGAUCGAGAAUGGCGUCACCAGCGGGUCUGAAGGUGAGCAGCGAGUCAAAAUGAAGAAAGAACUGGGCCUGAUGGAGGGAGUGGCCAUCAUCUUGGGGAUUAUCUUCGGUUCCGGAAUCUUCAUUUCGCCGAAGGGUGUCCUACAGGAGGUUGGCGCCGUGGGGACUUCCCUGGUGAUUUGGGUGACCUGUGGGCUACUGUCGAUGAUUGGAGCACUGUGCUAUGCCGAGUUGGGCACGGCGAUACCGAAAUCCGGAGGAGAUUAUGCCUACAUUUACGAAGCGUACGGUCCCCUGCCGGCCUUCCUGUAUCUGUGGGAUGCGACGGUGAUUUUUGUACCGAGCACCAACGCCAUCAUGGGCCUGACCUUUGCCAGUUACGUGUUCCAGCCGCUGUUCGCCGCCGGUUGUUCCGUACCGACGAUAGGGCUGCAGAUGUUCGCCGCGGUCACGAUCUGUGCGCUCACCUACAUCAAUGCGUACGACGUGCGGGUGACGACCAAAAUGCAAAACAUAUUCAUGUUCACCAAGAUCGGUGCCCUGGUGCUGGUCAUCAUAGUCGGUGUGGUGUGGAUGUGGCUCGGAGGAACGGAAAAUUUCGAAAAUGCAUUCGAGAACACGGAAACCGACCCGGGCAAGCUGGCGGUUGCAUUCUACUCCGGUAUCUUCUCGUACGCUGGAUGGAACUAUCUCAACUUCAUGACCGAGGAACUGCGUGAUCCGUACAAGAAUCUCCCGCGGGCGAUCUACAUCUCCCUUCCGUUGGUCACCGGUAUCUACGUGCUGGCUAAUAUGGCCUACGUUGCCGUGCUGUCGCCGCAGCAAAUUCUCUCCUCGGACGCCAUCGCCGUGACAUUCGCCCAGAAAGCCAUGGGCUGGGGUGCCUUCGUGAUGCCCAUCCUGGUCGCCAUCUCGGCCUUCGGUGGUCUGUCCGUGCACAUCAUGACCUCGUCGCGGAUGUGCUUCGUCGGCGCCCGCAACGGCCACAUGCCGGAAAUCCUCUCGCAUAUCAACGUCAACCGGUACACUCCGAUGCCUUCGCUGGUGUUUCUCUGCAUGCUGUCGCUGCUCUACCUGUUCAUCAGCGACGUGUACGUGCUGAUCACCUACAGUAGCAUCGUGGAGUCCUUCUUCAUCAUGCUCUCGGUAAGUGCGGUCCUGUAUUUCCGCUACACCCGACCCGACAUCAACCGGCCGAUCAAGGUCCCACUGUGGGUUCCCACGCUGUUCGUCAUCAUCUGUGCAUUCCUGAUCGUUAUCCCGUGCUACGUGGCCCCCUACGAGGUGGGUAUGGGUGUCCUAUUGACCCUGGCCGGCAUUCCCGUCUACUACGUCGGGGUGGCGUGGAAGGACAAACCGGCAUCGUUCGAGAAUGCCCUCCGCCAGGUGACGCAGUUCUGUCAGAAGAUGUUCAUGACUGCCAAAGAGGAAAACGAAGAGGAAGGCUAGUAA